AUGAAUUACCAAGAUUCUGGAUUUGGAGGAAACUCUGCUAUGUCUUAUAGAGGAGGAGAGAAUCGCAUCUAUGUUGGCAACCUCCCUCCUGACAUCCGUGCCCGCGAUAUCGAAGACCUCUUCUAUAAAUUUGGCAGGAUUACUUUUGUGGAUCUGAAAACUCGGAGAGGUCCUCCUUUUGCCUUUGUGGAAUUUGAGGAUCCAAGAGAUGCAGAGGAUGCAGUCAAAGAGAGGAAUGGCUACAAUUAUGACAACUACAAGCUUCGAGUGGAGUUCCCGCGUGGUACUGGUCCAGGAGGCCGUGGCCGAGGUCGUGGCAAGGGUGGACCCCCUUCCAGAAGAUCUCAAUACCGAGUUUUUGUCUCGGGUUUGCCCAAAUCGGGCAGCUGGCAAGAUUUGAAGGACCACAUGCGUGAAGCUGGAGACGUCUGCUAUGCUGAUGUGUUCAACGACGGAUCAGGAAUGGUUGAAUUCCUCAGAUAUGAAGAUAUGCGAUAUGCAGUGAAGUAUUUGAGUGACUCAAAAUUCAGAUCUCAUGAGGGAGAGCAGUCAUAUGUGCGUGUGAAGCAGGAUUAUCGAGGGCCUUCUCGUUCCCGAAGUCGCAGCUAUUCUCCACGUCGUACCAGGGACUCCCCCAGAUACACUCCAAUGAGGCUGCGGUCACGUUCCCCGUCUUACUCCAGAUCCUUCUCCAGAUCGACAACAUCAAUUACUGCUGUGUUAACGUUCUCGGAAAAGUGGUCUGAGGAUUGCAAAACAACCUGGUUAAAUGCUUAA